ACUUGCGUAGCCGAUGUUUUUUUUAUACAACGCGAUCGAUGUUUUUACAAAUUAUUAGCAUGUUUUGAAGUUUUAAUUAUUUGGUAUUAUAAUCACCACCACCUAAAAAGUAGACCUGCCGCUAGUUGGAUGCAGAACAGCUGUCUGCAAGUCUUUUCAAAGUUCAGCUGCGGACCGCUCGUCCCUUCAGACGGGGGAAAGGAAACGGGAUUGCAUUUGCUCUCGCCUCGCACCACCAACAUGAAAUCUGCCGAGGAAGAUGCGUUCAGCUACACUCCAAAUGUCACCCUGUCCCUGCCAAUCAAUAUGGGCAACCCCUGUCUGUCCACUCAGUACCACAACCUACAGUCCAGCCCGAUUGUCCCCGUGUCCUCCUGCCACCAGUCCAGCUAUGGACUCCAUGAGGACAGUGGGGCUUCUGGGUACUACCUGUCCCCUAACACCCGGCCCAAUGGGGCCCCAGCCCUGGAAAGCCCACGGAUCGAAAUCACGGCCUACGGGCAGUUCCCCGAGGACGAGAUGGAGGAGCCGGGCAGUCUGCCCAUCACCAAACGGGUCAACUCCAUCGUCACGCUCACGCUGCCCAACGCCGACGGCUACCGCGACCCCAGCUGCCUGAGCCCGGCCAGCAGCCUGUCCUCACGCAGCUGCAACUCUGAGGCGUCGUCCUACGAGUCGGGCUUCUCCUACAACUACGACAACUCCCCGCAGAACUCGCCCUGGCAGUCGCCCUGCGUCUCGCCCAAGGGCUCCUCCUCCCUGCACUCCUGCACCCACGCCGGCUCACCCCGCCACUCACCCUCCACCUCACCCCGCACCAGCCUCACUGACGAGGCAUGGCCGGGGCCCCGUGGCUCCCGGCCCAGCUCCCCCUGCGGUGGGAAGAGGAAGUACAGCUUCAACGGCGCCCCCUGCAGGCACCCGUCAUACUCCCCCGGCCACUCCCCCGCCGCCUCCCCGCAGGGCUCCCCCAGGGUCAGCGUGACGGAUGACACCUGGCUACCUAACACCAAUCAGUACACCAACUCUGCCAUCGUGGCAGCCAUCAAUGCCCUGACCACCGACGGUGUGGCAGACCUGAGUGAGGGCAUCCCAGUGAAAUCCCGCAAGACCAGCCUGGACCACAGCCCCACCAUGAGCCUGAAGGUAGAGCCAGGAGGGGACGAGUCCAACCCAGUGGAAGUGGGCCAGGAUGAUUACUCUGGGCCGCGCCUGCCCCCCUUCAAAAAGGAGAGCUACUGCGGAGGCUUCCUAGAUGUUCCACAGCAUCCAUACUCCUGGUCCAAGCCAAAGCCGUACAUCAGUCCAUCUCUGCCUGCUCUUGACUGGCAGCUGCCAUCCUGCUCCGGCCCAUACAGCCUGCAGAUUGAGGUGCAGCCCAAAUCGCACCACCGCGCCCACUACGAGACUGAGGGCAGCCGGGGGGCAGUCAAGGCCUUGUCUGGAGGACAUCCUGUGGUGCAGCUGUACGGCUACAUGGAGAGCGAGCCCCUCACCCUGCAGCUGUUUAUCGGGACCGCAGACGACCGCCUGCUGCGACCGCACGCCUUCUACCAGGUCCACCGCAUCACCGGCAAGACCGUCUCCACUGCCAGCCACGAAGUCAUGCAGUCAAACACCAAGGUGCUGGAGAUCCCCCUCCUGCCAGAGAACAACAUGAGGGCCAUAAUCGACUGUGCCGGGAUCCUGAAGCUGCGCAACUCUGACAUUGAGCUGCGGAAGGGCGAGACGGACAUCGGGCGCAAAAACACCCGAGUGAGGAUGGUGUUCCGCGUCCACAUCAACCAGCCCAACGGCCGCACCGUCUCCCUGCAGGUGGCCUCCAAUCCCAUCGAGUGCUCCCAGAGAUCGGCCCAGGAGCUGCCACUGGUGGAGAAGCAGAGCGUGGAUAGCUGCCCUGCCACCGGAGGGAAGCCCAUGAUCCUGAGCGGGCACAACUUCCUGCCCGACUCCAAGGUGGUGUUCGUGGAAAAGGCCCAAGAUGGCCACCACCUGUGGGAGAUAGAAGCCAAAGUUGACAAGGACUCCUUCAAGUCUACUACGUUGCUGGUUGAGAUCCCUCCGUACCGAAACCAGAGGAUAUCCAGCCCUGUUCAGGUGAACUUUUACGUCUGCAACGGCAAGAGGAAGAGGAGCCAGUACCAGCGCUUCACCUACCUGUCUCCCAAUGUUCCUAUAAUAAAAACAGAGCCGAAUGACGACUACGAACCCCAAGGCACUCCCAGGCUGGCUGUGCAUUCAAAGUCCUACUACAGCCAGCUGGGGGUGAACCCCGCAGUGCCUUCCGAUCCCAGCCACUGCCUGGUCGGGGGUUACCCGUCCUCGUCCCCCAGCUCCAGCCCCAAGCUGCACGACCUGUCCCCCGUUGCCUUCUCCAAGUGCCUCUCUGCUGGCCUGCCGCCCGCCCUGCAGGAGACGCCCGGCCGCCCCAUGGUGGUGCACCCCGGCUCGCCUGACCACUCCCCCCUGGUUAUGCUGCCGCCCCAAGUCAGCCCGCACCUGGGCAGCCCCAGCGCCGGGGGCUGCUCCCACGGCUACCGCCCGCCCGCGCUCUACCCCAACGGCAGCCCGUCCUCCUCCCCGGCGUCCCACCCCUCCACCCCCGGGGCGGCCCCCGAGACCCCAUUCGCGCCGGCCUACAGCCCUCCCCAGGUGCCCGCUGCCGUCCCGGCCAGGAGCAGCCCCCCCGCCCUGCUGAGAGAGGACAGCAGCCCCCCCGCACUGGCUGUCACCGUCAAGCAGGAGCCCCAGGAGCUGGACCAGAUGUAUUUAGAUGACGUCAAUGAAAUCAUACGGAACGACCUCUCCAGCAUCUCGGUCCACAGCCAUGCCUAGAUGUUUGAGACCAGCAAACGCAUCCAAUUGAACACUUACUGCAGGUCACCACAGACACAGGAAGAAAAGGGGACAUGGUCGAUCCUAAACAAAAGUCAGUGACCUGUCAGGGCCCCACGGACCCCCACACAUCACCCCAGGACAACCAAGGACCCAGUUUUCUUACUAUCGCAAUCUGGAACGUGCUGUGUCUGUGGAAAAUAUACUUUUAAGUUUUCAAACUACACAACUACAUUGUGAUUGAAUGUUUUGUUUGAAAGCCUUACCUCGAAAGAGAGAGAGAGAAAAAAAAACAACUUCUCCCACAAUCCACUCUGCCUUAAAAAAAGAGAUGCUCUUCCAUGGACCAAGAAUUCUGUUUUGAUAUCAUAAAAAUGAACUGCUCUUUGCACGAGUGGCACAACAGGACAGUGAAUGGUCUAAAGAAGCUUGAGCGGCACUAUUUCGGUUGUAGCUUCUUGUCAGAAUGGAACAGCCAAAGAGGUGCCUUACAUCGCCAGCAAACCGAGCCGCUAAUCUGUUCCUUUGUUUUUAGACCGGUCACAUUUAUUACCAAUAUUAUUGUCAUUUUUGUUUUAAUGAUGUUUACAGGAAUACAAAAAAAGCUGGAAGCAAAGUCCAAGGAUUGUACUUGCAUUGCCUUUAUUAUCUCUGUCCUAGGGUCCAUUGAUAAUUAAGUAUGCCUAAUGUACUUUGUAGAAAAUGUACCAAUAAUGUAUGCCUUAACCUUGUAUAGCAAUUCUUUGUUAGCUGAUGUUUCCUGUCGUUGUCCUAUUGCUCUCUCUGAGUAAUGAAUCAAUCGUGCUGCCAGGGUUUAUACAACACCAUUUUCAUAUCUCUCCACUGUAGCUGAGGAGUAGUUAGGAGUUGAAAACUUCACAUAGCUGAGGUCUGGUUGUAAAUGUAAAAUGAACUUAAAACCAGUCAGAGGCAAGAAGCACUUAGAGGAGCUCCAUCCAUGAUAUGCCGAUCAGUGAUCAAACAGAACCAAUGUAUUUUGCUCUUCAUGACAAAACAAUUAGAAUUAGGAAGUCCUUUAAUGUCUGCACAGUGUAGGGUCUCAGAGGCCAGAUGGUCCAAUCAGAAGUGAAAGCCUGGAUGGUGAAUGUGAAUAAAAAUCGUCUUACCCACUGGGAAGGAUUGUGCUUGUUUGAGUGCCAGGAAUUAAAGUCAAACAUGCCACGUCAGUCUAUCACCAAAAGUGUACCCAGCAUGUUCAUAGUGAAACUGAACCAGGCUUUUUCCAGUGUUUGUACUCACUUUAAAGGCUUUCCUCUAAACAGCAAUGAGAUGAAAAUGGUAGUGUGUUUGCCUGCAGGAAACCAGAGAGACGUUUUCAAACUAUACAUAAGAAUAUUUCAAGCCUCCAGGCCCAGCAUUUUUGUAAGACUAAAUGCAAGUGAGCAUGCAUGUAAAUACAAUCGUUGUUUCAUAACUAAUAUAUCCCAAGUUUAUUCUGCCUUUCUCAUUUUUUUUAAUCUGGAGGGAAGAAGACUUAAGCUGGCAAUAAUGGAUUUCUUGAUACCAAAGGAUUUUACUUUUGGUGGAAUUAUUGUUCAAGCUUCUAACAUUGGCUAUUAGAAAGUGUAGUUAUAGAUAGGCUUCUCAGAGAAUGUAUGCACUUUAGAUAGUAUUUCCUAACUGAACUGGUUUCUGUAUCUGCACGUCCAAAUUCUGUCAGCUUACCCAAAGAAAGGAUGGCAAAUAUCAAACCAAACUG